AUGGCGAGUCGCGGCGGCUUGGCCCGGGGCAUCUCUCUCUCCCUCUCCGUCAGCCUCCUCUUGCUGCUGUUCUGCGCCGCCGCUCAAGCAUCUGUAGGAGAUCGUCUGCCCUCGUUUCGCGAAUGCCUCGAGGUCUGCCAGGCUGAAAACUGCGGAUCCGGAAAGGCACACACCCCUAUUCCUCUGCUCCACCGCAUCUUGCUCUGGGACUGCGCCUCCGAAUGCGACUACACGUGCCAGCACAUCAUCACGGACCAACGCAUCGCCUCCGCGGAACCCGUCGUCCAGUUCCACGGCAAAUGGCCGUUCCGCCGCUUCCUCGGCAUGCAGGAGCCCUUCAGCGUCCUCUUCUCCCUCGGAAACCUCUGGGCCCACCACGACGGCUUGCGCAAGAUUCGCGCCCGCGUUCCCUCCACGUACACCCUGCGGCCGUUCUACAUCGUCCUGGCGCACGUGGGCAUGGCCAGCUGGUUCUUCAGCGCCCUCUUCCACACGCGCGAUUUCCAGGCCACCGAGGAGCUGGACUACUUCGCCGCGGGGGCCAACGUCCUCUACGGCCUGUACUACACGGCCGUUCGCAUCUUCCGCCUCGACCGCCCGUCUGCCCAGCGGCGAAGCGCGCUCAGGGCGUGGACUGCGAUGUGUCUGGUGCUGUACCUGCUCCACGUGGCGUACCUCAAGGGCGUGAGGUGGGAUUACACAUACAACAUGGCUGCCAAUGUUGUCGUCGGCGUCGCGCAGAACAUCCUGUGGACCUGGUUCAGCGUCACUAGCUACCAGAAAUCCAAGAGCUUGUGGUCCAUCGUGCCCGUUGCCGUGGUCGCAUGGGUCAUGGUGGCUAUGAGCAUGGAGCUCUUUGACUUUCCGCCUUGGCUGGGCUGCAUCGACGCUCACAGCCUGUGGCAUCUUAUGACGAUUGGGCCUACCGUGCUCAUGUACAACUUCUUGCUCAAGGACACGCAAGACACCAUGGCUGGAACGCAGAGAUACAAAGCAUGA